AUGUGGUGGCUCCGGCUGGCGGUCAUCUCGACUGCGGCCGUAAGCCAUGGUUGGUGGGCUGGCCCGGAAGGGCCACCGGAGGUGGAGCCCUUGGAGGAGCAGGCUGGGUGGCGGCAGCACCUUCGAGAGUGGCUCCCAGGUGCUGAGCGAAGGCUCAACGCCACGGAAGAGUGGCUCGCUAGUCUGGCGAGCUGGGGUCGGGAGUUGGAAGGAGCCUCGACCUGGGGAAGCUGGGAUGUGGCGCUGUGGAUGGUCGUGGACACCCUCUUCGGCAUGAUCGGGUGGGCACUUUUUGGCAGCGCUUGGACUAAGGUUCGGACCGGAUGCCGCCGGCUCCUCCAGGUUCUUCUGGUGGUGCUGGGGCUCUGCCUGGUAGCUCACUAUGUGUGGGCUGUGUGCUACCCCAUUGUGUCGCUCCUGAUCGGGGCCUGCAUGGCGAUGGCAUGGCUACUUCGCAAAGUCCUACGAGGAGUUGGGGCCUUUGCGUUCUGGUUUCAAAGGGUUACAGGAGGCUCUCCAGAAGCCUCUGAAGCAGAGUUCUUGGGCCCUGCCACUGGACGGACACCUGAAACCUCCCAGCUUCGAGCAUUCAAGAGGUCCGGUGAGCAGCCCAAGUACAUGGUGGUGAAGAGAGGGGAAGAUGCUGCUGUCUUCGCCAUCGGCAUGGACUCCCAGUCCAUCAAGACCCACGGCCUCUAUGUCCCUGUGGAGUGCAACACGAUUCGCGGAUCUCCGGCUUUGGUGAGGCGGCUGCGGGACGUUGAGAAGGUGCACUUAUGCCGAAACGAGGCCUGCACCGAAGAGGGGGGGGAGCACUUCGUCAUGUACGGGUUAGUUCGAAAGAAUGACCCGGAAAGAUUCCAGAUGGCCCAAGCUCGGGAGGGUGCGCGCAAGGUGACCCACGACUUCUGGGCCUGGUUGAAAGGGUCCCCGUUGACCGAAGGCACUUCACAGUUGAUGCAUCGCCUUCGGGAAUUGGGUUCCGAAUCGGAGCAAGAGGAGGAGCACCUUGUUUGCUGUGGCAGCCUGGUCACCUGGCGGGGCCCUGAUGGAACUAUGCAGUGCCUGGCCAAUCGGCCGUGCAGUGUGCGUGCUCAGCAUUUUGGGCAACUCCUCCAGGAUGAUGUCCCCACUCAGUGCGGGGCUGUGGCAUUGUGCGGGGAUCAUGCUACUCAAUACCUGACCCGACGGUAUCCCGACAAGUGCAGCGUGACCUUUUGCAGAAGGUUUGGCAACAAGCUGCAGCAUGGAGAGGCGCACGGUGACGAGGAUAGGCAUGGUCGUGCGAGAAAGCUGUUGGGAAGGGCUCGUGAAUGUGAGGAGCCCGAGAGCAAGGAGAGGACGCCACGUCGGAGGGGAACAACACGCUCACCUGGACAUACUCCGAAAGGAUCAAGCAUCAGUCGGAAUCUAUCCCGCAUGGGGAUGCUCGAGUCGCCAGGUUCGGAAGGUGCCGGCAGCUUGCUGGAAGAGUUCUUUGAGAUCUUUGCGGCCGGGAAGGCUGAUGGACUCCGUGAAGACCAAGCGCGUAAAAAGCUGGGAGCUGACCGCCUGCUACUACCCGGUGAUCUUCUUCGACAACUGGUUGGGGAGGCGGAGAAUGAGCAGGCGCAAGGACAGAGGGGGCUGUCACGUUUCUUGACCACGUGGCGGAAGGAGCUGGCUAGGUUGGGAAGGCCUCACGGAGAAGGGGAGGGAUGUAGCGACUGGAGUAUGGUGGAAGGUGGCAGUCAAGCCGCGUCUCCUGGGGAUACUCCGGAGAAGGAUGGGGAUAGAGCUACAUCACUGCCUUUAGCUUCGUCUUUGAGGACCUCGGCAUCCAGGACGAGACCUACGUCUGAGCCUGCUCCUCCCCCUGGUCUGGCAGAACGGGGACAGCAGAUGCCUCAGGUGGAAGAGAAGCGAGGGGAUGGACUACGAGUGGCACCCCCGGGAAUCUAUCGCCCUGACACCAGAGCCGGAGCCAGGACCGACAGUGGACCUACUGCAGAACCCGUUGUCCAAAUUGCCAAAGCGAUCCAACAUCAAACAGCAGAAUUGGCCUCUUUGGUUCGCCAACAAACCGAAGGAGCAGGAGGUCAGGUUCCCGGUACAAUCCGUGGGCUCAACAAACAAUCAGAAGAACUGGUCUUCUUGCUUCGGGCGUGUGGCCAGUAUCAAGUGCGUGUUGGUGCGGAAGAGCACGGCCAGGCACUAGCAAACUCAUUGCUGUCCGCUCAGGUAGGAGCCUCGACCAAGCUCCGAGCAGCAGGCUUCCGCCAAAGGAUGUCAACCCGGCUGGCAGUGGGAAUUGCAGGGCCGUACUGGGGCAUUCAGGAGAAGUAUGGCCUGAGCGCUGCGGACUUCCUUUCCUACACGGACGCUGAGCUCGACCAGUUUGCGUCUGAGGCUAAGGUGAUGAAGAACACCGACCAAAGACCUCCUCCUCCGUCCAGGUUUGAUGAGUGGACCGCCCGAGUACGACGCCAGACAGAUGUGUGGUGCCUGGUUUAUGGGGAGGAAUGGAGGGCCGUACGGAACAACGCCCUCAACCUCUUGUCGGAGUGGCAUCUGUCCCAUCCUCACAGGUGGCCGCUGGCCAUAGUCAUCGACAUCUGGGAGGAGAUUCACUGGCGAUUUCUGGAGGAGCUCAAGGACGUGCUUCGGAGCCUCAAGAAGGAGAUUGGCAGGGAGACGAUCAGCCUUACCGAGCUCAAGUUCCAUGCGCUACUUCCUGGACCAGAUGGACAGGCAUGGCUGGUGAUGCCCACGACCUUCGACAUUGAGAAGCCCGACUCGUGGUUCCAGACUGAGGUCCUCCCAAGGAUCGAGAGGAAGCAGGACCGCCUCUUAUGGAAUCUCACUUGGCAGGGCGGGGCGCGGAAGGAUCGCAACCCGGCAGCACCGGCAGGAGGAGCAGGGGAGAGUGCAGGAAGCUUGAGCUCGCAGUCCAAGCCCACUCUCAAGUCGUUGUGGGGGCCCAAGUUGACUCCGGAGGAGGUCGGAAUGGCCAAAGAUCGGGCCCCUUUGGACCGCCACGGCAAGACUUCGCGGCUCUUUCGAGAAUCUGGACCCGUGUGCGCAAAUGCAACUCCUCAAAAGAGGCGGGCUGAACCGGACACCGUGACCACCAAGAUCAAAGACAUCCGGUCCAAGAUGCGGGUCGAGAAGACCGACAAGAUCCAGGACGGAAAGAAGCGAGCGAAAGCUGGGAGCACCACGGCAGCUGUCGGGACAGAAUCUGGAGGGCAGGAGGUAACGGAAGAUGGCCGAGCUGGAGGAGAAGGGCCAAAGGUGCGAUUUUGGGACGUCCCCGAGGAGUUCGAAGUCGACUACACCAAGGGCGAGGACCUCAAGGAUGUGAUUCAAGGGCCGGACUAUGCAUGGCAUCGAGAUGUUCAUCGUGAUCUUCCACCUCAUCAUGGUCGGGAUGGUACUUCGGCACCGCAGGAAGCGAAGCACCUGGUCCAGAAAGCCCAGGAGCUAGGAAAGUCCCCCGCUCUCCAGGCACUGGAGGGAGCCACUGACGACCUGUACGCAUGGGCCGCUGCUAGGGUUGCCAGGGAACCCGGAGUCGAACUCUCUUCGCUUCUUCAGGAAAUGGCGACCUAUGGGAUGGGAGAGCUUGCACGAGAAGCGGCUGAACUACUGGAGCAACGGGAAGGAACUAAAGCAGGCUCGGCUCGGCUGGUGGUUCGAGACACCCUGUGGGCAGAGGGGCAACCAGGGCAAGGAAGCGUCGAACUCGACGGCACCACUUGGCGGCUGUGGGACUAUCAGGAGGACGUCAUGAUGACGGAGGACCUGGCAGCACUUCUUCACCUACCGGAGGUGUCCAUCGAGCGGCGGCAGUGCGUGACCAUCACCAUCGCGGCUAUGGUUGAGUGGAAGGAGAAGGGCCGACGGCCGUCGGUGGAGCAGGUUCAGACCAGAGCACAAAGCCUGAGGUUGGAGCAGACGCGGCUAGCAGUGGAUGCGGCCAACACCAUCGGCGAGGCGGAGGAGAUGGUGGCAGCUGUGGAACACGAAGUCAGGACCUACAUCCACGACCUCACUACAGCUCACCACGAGAAGGACUUUCGCUCGUUGGCGGUCUUCCCUUUGGAAGCCCUUGCGGAUUGCCGAUUGGUGGUUUUCAGGGCGGACUACCGGGGGGGCUUGGUCGUGGAGUGCAUCAUUGGGUCCAACUGGAUAGAUGGGGGUUGGACGACCUUCGCACUGAUUUGGAAGGGCCACAUGGUCCUUCUGGAACCACCGGACGGCUACGACCUGGAGCGCUUCCUGGCCAGAGAGGACCCCCAAACCACGCCUGCGAUGGGGUUCACGUUCUUUUGGCAUGCUCGUCAUGAUCAACCUCCCACCGCACCAGGCAAGAUCUUCUGCAGGUUGUGCAAAGCAGGUCGCAAAGCUGGGGAGUCGCUCAACGCGCCAAGGCAUAGCUGCCUGUCUUACACAGCCGCCACCGCUGGAGGAACCAUGGACAUUCACCACGACCACAAUGUGAUUCGGGCAGUUCGGGGUGCAGGUCAGCCACAUGAACCGGGGCAGCUGGUGCUAAGGGAGUUCUUUGCCGGGAAAGGUGGCAUCUCCGCGGAGUGGAGCAAGACGAGCCCGAUCAUGGAGCCAGUCGAGGUCUACGAGCGUCCCCACGACAAGCAGGGCUACAGGGCACACUUUGACUUGAGUCGAAAGGAUGUCCACAAUAAAUUUCUGGCAGAGGUGCGUACCGGACCUUCAAAUGUGCAUUGGAUUGCAGCCCCUUGCACGAGCUACUGUGACUGGCAGCAGAAGAAUGGCGGGACUCGCACCUUCGAGUGUCCCGAGGGCACUGGGCAGGGACCGUUAGCGGCAACUGAGGCAACGGGCAACAUCUUGAGUAUGCACGCUGCUGAGCUCUUUGAGGCUUCGUUGGAUUCUGGCGCCUUCCCUCUCGUCGAGUCCAGUGGGGUCAGUGGUCGGUACCCCAAGCAAUGGGACCUACCGUGUUGGAAGCGCAUCCUCAACCGGCCGGACGUAGAGUAUGUUGACCUGCCCAUGUGCGCCUUUGGUCUUGGUCCCCCUGAUGAGCCAGAUCAUUUCUAUGUGCACAAGACUAGGGUGGUCUUCCCACUGCAUCCACCGUUACGGCGGGCGCUCCGGCGAGUCUGUCCGGGCCUGUCAACCUCCCACCGGCACAUCGGAUUGAAGGGUUGUCGCGACGGCCAAACCGCGGUCUUCGGGAUCGAGGCGGAGACGAUGGAGAAGAUGGAGGUGCUCUACUACCUGGUGACCGUGAAGAGGCUGGCGGGGACGGUGGGGAUGACCUACCUGGAGACCUACCCGGAGACGAUGGCGAAGGACAUGACGGAGAUGGCGGAGGCGUCCAAGGACAUGACGGAGAUGGCGGAGUCCAACGAAACGAUCAACCCGAUGGAGAUGGCAGAGGGGAUGGGCCGUGAUCUCAGCAAAGGACCGGGUGAUUCCUAUGCCGUGGAGACCAAUGAGAAGCUCAUCCGCUCCGGCUGGAGCCCGAGAAAGGUCCCCGCGGGGGAGUUCCAGACCAGGAGGGGGAAAGGGCAAGGGCGGGAGGAAGUCCACCAGGGUGGAAUACCCGUAUGGCCUGUCGAGGGCGGAGCGAUAUCGCUUGGGAGAAAGGAAAGGGCAAAGGCACCCCCGCCCGAGGCGCCGAGCCAUCUCGAGGAGAUCUUGACCGAGGAGAAGGGGAGACCCUGCAAGGAGUCUGGGCGGAUCCAAUGGGCCCCGUCAGAGAUUGGUCUCCCUACACCGCUGGCCCACCUGACCAACGAGAGGGUCACCCAUCUGCGAGAAGGGGCGAACCAGGUGGUCAUCACUGAUGAUUGGCGGGCUGCCGGAGGAGCUGAUCCAGGCUAUGGCAGGUGGACGGGCGUGACCAUCUUCACCAUCCAGGAGAUGCCGGUUGUCGACGACGAGGCGAUCCCGUGUGAGGACGACUGGGAGUGGGGCGAAGACGAGGAUGAGGGACCCGACCCGGGAGAAGAUGACGGACCAGGGCCAGAAGUGAGUGUCCAAGUGGAGUCAGGCCCAACGGCCUACGCCGGGAGCGAGGCGCGGGACGGCCCAGGUUCGGCCUACCAAGCACCAACUACAGCAGCACGGCAGGCAGCGGAGGAGUACGUCAAGGCCAUUGAGCGGGACUUUGACAACACUCCUAAUGGUUGGGCAGCCGUGCUACGGGCGGGCAACAAGCUGGUUGAGGUCGCGGGUGGAGUGCGCCAAGCUGCUGAAAGCCUCUGGGAGGUAAGGGAGAAGGCCGGCAUGAUGAACCUGGCCCAGGUGGAUGACCCGGAGCUUGACCGGGUGCUACACCCCCACCUGCUGGAGUAUCUCCGGGAUGUUCGACGAUAUGGCAUGGCGGCCAGGUUCCAAGGGCUUCGAACCAGAGCCUUUGCGAAGCUUCACCCCAAUGCACGACGCCAUGUUGACAAGGUCUUCGCCCAGGUCGCCAAGGAUGUGGGAAAGCAGAGGGUGUUGGUAGUCAGCGCCAUGAUGCCCCAGCUGAGCGGGACGAUGGCCUCACCGUUUGAGGCGGUGCAGAAGCUUAAACCAGAUCGCUCUGUGUCGGAGGAGGUGAGAGUGGUCCACGACCAGAGGACCAUCAACCAUGGGACGAACAAGUUCCUUCACCCGCCGGCCCUUCAACCUACACACUCGCAGAUCGCCAAGCGCAUCCUAUGGGCUAAGGGUCGGUGCCCGGGCUUGCCGGUCCUCCUGUCCAAGAAGGACAUUUCUGGGGCUUUUAGGCUUCUAUGGGUCGCCCCGGAGGAUGUAGAGUUGUUCGCCGGGGAGCUGCCGUGGAACCCGAGGAAGGCCUUUCCGAACGCCACAGAUGAAGAGAUUCACUUGGAGGGCGUCCCAGGCGGCGACAUCACGGUGGUCUACUUGGUCUCCAGCUUCGGGUUCAGUGGUAGCCCGGGAGAAUGGACUGUAUGGGGGCGUAGCACGGAGGAAUUCCAUCGAGCUCACCGCCCGGCGGUUCCACGGAGAGACAUGGGCCAUGGGUUCGAUUGCAAGGUCCUCGUCGACGACGGAGUGUUGGUGGAGCCCUGGGUGGGACUGAGGCCGUGGGUGAGCGCGGAGGUGUUUGAGCACGGCAUCAGGACGCUCCUGGGGAACAAGGCGGUGAAUGAGGAGAAGGACAAGGUGGAAGGAGGCUUCAAGACCGCACAAACGGUCUGGGGGGUGAUCAUGUGUACGGAGGACGAGACUGCUACGCUUCCAGAGCGACGCAUUCAGAAAGGAGCGGUCCUUCUAGCUGACAGCUGCUUUGACUACGGCUCCAAGGAGGUCACCCUGAAGCAGCUACAACAGUUCAGAGGCAUCUUGACCGGAUGGGCAGCCAUCGUGAAGGGUCUGGUGAACGAGCUCAAGGCGGCGGACAAGUUCCUUGCGGGUCGUGACGGGCAUCAGAAGGUGAAUCCCCGACUACGUGGAGAAGGCAGCCAAGCCUGGGAGGCAGACCGGGCAUGGGAGGAUCUAUGGGAGCUUUUCGAGGUCUGCCGUUGGCUGAGUGCGCGGACGGAUCGAUGGGAAUCCUUUGCCACCGGCUUGAGAUCUAUGCUCCCCACUAUGGAGAGAUUGAGUUUGCCUGGAGAGUGGGAAAAGGUCAUUUGGGUGUCGUCCGACGCUACGCCUACGAUGGUGGGAGCCAUCGAUUGGACCAACAGACAGGUAACACGCCUUCCCACCGGGACAUUGAAAGCGUGGGCCGCUCGGGCUCUGUCAGACCAUGAGAUUGGGGAUCAGGAGACCGACCUCGUGAUCCACCUGGGUGAGAUGCUGUCCUUCGUUGCCUUUGCAUGUGCAGCUGGGGACCAGUGGAAAGGGGCAGUAGUGGCCUAUGGCGGGGACAAUACCAUCGUCAAGAAUUGGCUACAAUCCCGGAAGAGCAACACCCGAGGGGGGAGAAUCCUCAUCAGGGCCCUCAACCUGGCGGAGAUGAAGUACAACUUCACGGUCGUGAGCGGAUGGUGGCGGACCUAUCACAACGUCCAUGCGGACUUCAUCACGCGGUGCACCCAGGCGGAGUUCGAGGACUUCGUGAAGGAGAAGGGCCUUCAGGUGCUGGACAUCUCUGCGGCGAUCCACGGCGCUCUGGAGGACUCGGCCCGGUAUGGAGCAUGCUUCCUUUGGGGGCCAGAGAAAGAAGGUGAUCGCGCACUGCAACUCCAGCUCCGUGAGAGAAGGGUGUCAAAACAGAUCCAAAGGGAACUCGAGAUUCCUUGGAAGGCCUUCGCCGUAAAGGAGUGGACCCCCGCUGGAAGGUGGCUGAAAGAUUUUGAGGCCUUGGGAGGAGCCUUGGGCGCGGCCAUUGAGGACGCUGGGGACCGGCCGGUGCUCUUGUGCGCCACGCUCGGAGUGGACUACAAAGGGAAGCGCAUGGAGCAGUACCUCCGCAACCUUCAACAUGAGGGAGCUCGUUUGGGACUGGUCGAAGGGCCUGGGAAGGUCGAUUGGGAGCGAGGGCAGCGACACUGCGAGAGCCGGGGAUGGGGCUAUGGGAUCGUCGACUUCAUCACCACCGAGAAUGGGGAGGCGUUGACGAGGAGGAGGCGGUGUUUGGUGGUGAACCCACAUGGUGCUCUACCUGAGGCAUGGGAGGAGUUUCUGGUCAGAGCUAUGGGCCCAGCACCGAUGAGUUCACUGCUGAAGCCAAAGGAGCACCAUGACCUGUGUUGGACCAAGCCGUUGCGUUUGGAGCUGGAGAGCGGCAUCCCGAGAGAUCGAAUGCUACCUCAACCCGCAGGUCAUGUCUGGUGGGGCGAAGAACGGGAGGUGAUCCAUGGGAUUGGAGGCCCUGGUCGGUGGCCCCUACUGUCUGACGACGGGAGCAGUCUACAGGGCUACUACGUCUACGAUCGCCGAGGACCUGGAGGCCAUGUUCGUCGUCUUGACCCGGAGGAACUAUGGGUUCUACAAGGGCGUCAGCUUCGAGACCUACCAGCCAACAUCCCUGCCGAGGUUGCGGUGAUCGAGGGGGUCCGAGCCACGGGAGUUCAAACUGCCGCGAACCUGGUAACCAUGGGAGGCCAAAUCCUCUGUGAGCUGAUCGCCCGGGAAGCGGGGGAACUGAACCCGGGUAAGGCCGGGAUGAUGCCGGACGCCACCGGAGCAGAGGCCAUGGCCCAGAUCCUGCUGUGGCUCAGAAGGUGGAAGAGAGGAGAGCUGAGGCGGAACCCGCCGUCCUAUCAGGCCGACACCACCAGGGCUGGUGGCGGCACGGGGCCACCUCUGAGGAGACUGUGGAGGUGGUCGGAGGCGUGGUGGUGGGCUCAAUGCAUGGACGAGGAGGAGGAGGAUGAGGCCUACACCCUGGAGUUCGCCAACGAGAUCAAGGGUUCCUAUGCAGGCGGACGGACCAAAGCCAAGACCGACCCGCUCAAGGUUGCCGAGAAGGUGGGAGCCCAGGCUGUUCACCUCACCAAGAGUCUCGCUCCGUUUUGCGGUGAUGUUCGCGAAAGGGUCGAUGAAUGGCUGGAAGAGAACAUGACGGGGGACAAGAGUGCCGCGACGGAGAAGGCCUAUGGCGGGGCAUGGAUGAAGUGGUGUGCUUGGGCUAGACGACAGGGCUGGCCGGAUGAGUUCCUCAACCGCAACGUGGACCCGAUUGAGAACGAGAACCGAGUACUGGCCUACGUGGGUUACCUGGGAUGGCUGGGCGCCUCGCCCAAUACCAUCCGUCAACACAUCUUCGCGAUGAAGAUGGUACACAAAAGGAGUGGCAGGGGCGACCCCUUGGACGGAAUGCACCGCGUGUGGAUCCUCGUCAACGCCUUGGACCGGAGGUCGACUACCAGGAAGCCACGGCGCUUGGGGGUCACGCCUGAGAUGUUAGUAUGGUUGGGCGAGAACCUGGUCGACCCAUUAGUGAAUGACCGGCAUUCAAUCCCGUACGCGGAGGCGGUGAUGGUCAUGGCGGCCUUGGAGCUGGCGUGGUUCUUCAUGCUGAGGGCCAAGGAGUUCGGGGAGUCGAACGGAGUGGACGAGAGCAUGAUCACGAGGGGCUGCGACAUCCGCCUUUCUCACCAAGGAGUGGCGAAACCGGUGGGGGAGGCGACGGAGAUCUCCCUCUUCUUCCGGAAGACCAAGAAUGACCAGCUGGCCUUCGGGGACACCAAGACGCUGCAGGCCACGGGGAGGAAGCAUCUUUGCCCAGUCGAAGCACUGGACCGUAUGAGGCAAGUCUGGACGAUGCGGUUCCUGCCAGGCCAUGCCGAGAGCACCAAGCCUUUGUUCAGAUGGAGCAACGGCCAGGUCAUCAAGAGGAUCGAGAUCCAGCACUUCCUCCAGGAGGCAGCGGUGGGAGUGGGCUUGCCGCCAGGGAGGUUCAUGUCCCACUCUUUGAGGAUUGGUGGGCAUCAGCUUUGUUCCAGUCGACGGCCGACAUCGAGUUGGUGA